AGCGCUGCGGGCAGGGCCGGGCCGGGCCGGGCCGCCCGGGGCCCCGCGGGCGCGGCCAUGUGGGCGCUGCGGGCGCUGUGCCUGGCCGGGCUGGGGGCGGCCAUCGGCGGCGGGGCCGCGGACCAGUGCAGCUGGAGGGGCAGCGGGCUGUCACAGGAGGCUGGCAGCGUGGAGCAGCUGUCCCUGCACUGUGCCGAGGGCUCGCUGGAGUGGCUGUACCCCACGGGGGCCCUCCGCCUCCGCCUGGCCCCCCGCCUGCCGCCCACCAGCGCCGCCGUCAAGGGCCGGAGCCCCCCGCGCGUCACCGCCUGCAUCAAACCCAGCGCGACCUUCCGGGGGGCUCAGCUCUACCUGGAGAGGGAGGGGGGCCUGGAGCUGCUGCUGCCCGAGGCGCCCCGGCCCCACGCCCGCUGCUUCAGCUGGCUGCCCCACGAGAAGGUGGCGCUGUUCCUGCAGGCCACCCCGCAGCCCGACAUCAGCCGCCGCAUCGCCGCCUUCCGCUACGAGCUGCGGGGGGACUGGCUGGCCCGGCCCGCGCUGCCCUCCGCCAGCCUCGGCAGCGAAGGUGCGUGCCGGCCGUGCAAUGACACCGAGAUCCUGAUGGCCAUUUGCACUAGUGACUUUGUCAUCCGCGGCAGCAUCCGGAGCGUGUCCAACGACGCCGAGCUGCAGGAAUCCAUCAUCGGGGUGAGCGCCACGCGCAUCCACCGGCAGAAAUUCCCGCUGUUCCAGGCGGGCGGGCGGCCGGGCCGGCCCGUGGGCAGCAUCCGCACCCCCCUGCGCUGCGGGGUCCGGCCGGGCCCCGGCUCCUUCCUCUUCACGGGCUGGCUGCACUUCGGGGAGGCCUGGCUGAGCUGCGCUCCGCGCUACCGGGACUUCCAGCGCAUCUACCGGGGCGCCCAGCGCACGCACCAGAACCCCUGCGAGUUCCCCGUGGACUGAGCGGCUCCGGGAGCGCCGGGGGAGCCGGCCCUGCCUCACCGAGAGCAUCCCGGGGACACGGGGACGGUGCCCGGAGGGAGCGUGGCACACGGAGCUGGGCUGGGGCAGCACCCGCCGGCGGGCUGGGGGGUUUGGGGAAAUCCUGCUGGAAGGGAAGGGAUUUGCCCAGGUUGCCCAGGGAGCUGCCUGGGCGAGGGGUGCAGCAGAAUGGGGAGCGGGGUGCUGCAUGCUCAGGGGGUGCUGUGGGCACAGUGGGUCUGGCCAGACCCCGGCAGGGCUCGGGGCGGGUGGCCGUGGUGGCCGGUCCAGGGACACGGAAGGCACAGAAGGGAGUGGAAGGGCCAGGAGAUGGAUCUGUAAGGUUGGGGGUGGAAGGGGGAGCAGGCAGCGGUGAGCCUGGCCCCGGCACGGGCAGGAGCUGCAGGGCGGAUGCCGAGGGAGAGGAGAGAAGCUGAAGGGAGUGAAGGGAACAGUGAGGUUGGAGGAAGGCUGGCGGGGGAGCAGAGGUGUCCUUGGCACGGCCAGGGCAGGACCAAAGCACUGACACAGGAAGGUGCCACGGGAGCAGGGAGAGGUGACAGUGCCACCGUCCCUGGCAGCCCUGGGUGAGCAGGGCAGGCCGUGCCAGCCACGGGGAACUUUGGACCUAGGGGUGGGGGGCAUCGUAUGUGCACUAAAGUUAUAACGAUACCAAAUUUGUGACUUCUUUUUUAUAAACUAAGCUGUAUUUGUAGCGUGUGGCUCCUGUUUUUAGCAAGCUGAGCAGGAUGUUCAGUGUGUGCCACCUGCUCCCCUCUGUGCCAGCUCCAGCUGUGACCCUGGGGCUGGAAACAGCCCUGAUACCUGGACAUCCCUCUGUAUGGAAAGAGAUUUAUUGCAGUUUGCACAUUCUGCACCCCAGCGAUCCCCAGCACUUUGGGGUCCCUCUCCCCGGGUAUCCCUGGUGUGGGGACCAGGGGCGGGUGGCUCCGUGCUGGGUGGGUGACCCUGCUGGAGGGGCCGCUGUCAGCACUGAUUCUCGUCAGAGCCAGCGGCCACAAGGCCUCAUUGUGCCUCAUUGUGCCCGAUUGUGCCGCGGCAGCAUCCCAGCCCUGCCCUGCCCUGCCCGCUCCCGCCGGCCCCGGCCCCGCUCCCCUGGGAAUGCCGAGGGGGAUGGGACCGCGGGGCAGGGCUGGGACGUGGGAAUCCUGCGCGGGGAUGGGGAACAGAACCCCCGGUCAGGGAAGGGACACAGAAUCCCCAGCCAGCAAACCUCAGCUGGGAAUGGGGCACAGGAGCCUCCCAGACAGGGAUGGGACAUGGGGCACCCAGAUGGGAAUGGGGCACUGGAACCCCCUAGAUAUGGGACAUGGGGCACCCAGACAGAAAUGGGGCACUGGAACUCCCCUAGAUAUGGAACAUGGAGCACUUAGAUGGGAAUGGGGCACUGGAACCCCCCUAGACAUGGGAAUGGGGCACUGUAUCCCCCUAGACAUGGGAAUGGGGCACCCAGGUGGGAAUGGGGCACUGGAACCCCCCUAGAUAUGGGACAUGGAGCAGCCAGAUGGGAGUGGGGCACUGGACACCCCCUAGACAUGGGACAUGGGGCACUAAGAUGGGAAUAGGGCACUGGCACCCCCCUGGACAUGGGACAUGGGAAUGGGGCACUGGAAUCCCCCAGACAUGGCAA